AUGGAAGAACAACUGCCCCAUUCAACCUCGGGAAGCAAAGGAACCACCUUCCUCAAAACCUGCUUCAAUGGAUACAAUGCCUUGUGUGGAAUUGGAAUAGUAACGCUUCCGUAUACACUAGCUCAAGGUGGGUGGAUAACUCUUGUUCUUCUCCUUGGCGUCGCUCUCAUAACUCGCUACACAGCCUUGCUGCUCCAACGGUGCAUGGACUCGGACUCAUCCAUUAAGACCUAUCAUGACGUCGGCUGGCAUGCAUUUGGCCGUAAAGGGCGAAUUAUCGUAUCAAUUUUUAUUUAUUCAGCGGCCUAUUUGGCAUCCAUAGGGUUCUUGAUAUUGGAAAGUGACAGCCUGCACAAGUUGUUCCCGAAUGCAGGGUUCAAAUUGGGAGAACAUAACAUAAGAGGAAAACAACUUUUCACAGUUCUUGCAGGGCUGGCAGUCUUGCCCACCAUGUGGCUGAAAGAUCUGAGCAUGCUUUCCUUCAUCUCUGCAGGUGGGAAUGUGGCAAUUGUUAUUAUUAUAAGCUCCAUAUUAUGGGUUGGUGUAGUUGAUAGUGCGGGGUUUUCUGCCAAAGGAGAGCUGUUUCGUUUGGGCGGAAUUCCGACGGCUCUCAGCUUAUAUGCCUUCUCGUAUGGCGGUCAUGAGGUGUUUCCAACCAUAUACUCCUCUAUGAAGGAUAAAACUCGGUUCUCUGAGGUAUAUAAUUAA